AUGGAGAAACAGGCAGCCAAUCUUUAUACAAGAAAAAUUUUUGCAAAAUUUCAAGAAGAGCUAGUUGAGACUUUUGUGUACACAGCAAAUAGGAUUGAAGGUGAUGGAGCUAUUAGCACAUUCAGAGUUGCAAAAUUCGAAGAUGACCACAAGGCGUACAUCGUUACAUUUAACUAUCCUGAGAUGAGAGCUAAUUGUAGUUGUCAAAUGUUUGAGUAUUCAGGAAUUCUCUGUAGACAUGUUCUGACAGUCUUUACUGUGACAAAUGUGCUUACAUUGCCUUCUCACUAUAUUUUGAAACGAUGGACAAGAAAUGCAAAGAGUGGAACUACCUUAGAUGAACGUAGUGGUGAGUUACAUGGCCAAGACUCCCUAACUUUACGGUACAACAACCUAUGUCGAGAAGCCAUCAAAUAUGCAGAGGAUGGGGCAACCACUACAGAAACUUUUAUUGCAGCAAUGACUGCUCUUAGAGAUGGUGGGAAGAAGGUUUCCGUUGUUAAGAAAAAUGUAGCUAAAGUUGCGCCUCCUAACUCUCAGGUCAGUGUGACUGGCUACGAUGACAGGAAAAACUCAACAUCAAUGUCCGAUAUGACCCCAUUGUUGUGGCCACGCCAAGAUGAAGUAAUGAAGCGAUUUAAUCUGAAUGAUGCUGGUGCACCUGCUCAAACCGUUUCUGACUUGAAUUUGCCACGAAUGGCCCCUGUAUCUCUUCAUCGGGAUGAUGGUACUCCUGAGAACAUGGUGGUACUUCCGUGUCUAAAGUCAAUGACUUGGGUCAUGGAAAAUAAGAAUUCAGCACCAGGAAAUCGAGUAGCUGUCAUUAACCUGAAGCUGCAAGAUUAUAGCAGGACUAUAUCAACUGAAUCAGAGGUUAAGUUUCAGCUCUCAAGGGUAUCACUGGAGCCAAUGUUAAGGUCCAUGGCCUACAUCAGUGAUCAGCUCUCAACACCAGCUAAUAAGGUCGCUGUUAUAAAUCUGAAGAGCCAUGGGUUUUUCACUUGGAAUCACCCUUGUGCUGUUAGUUGA